AUGGCCGGCCAUGGCCAUGGAAACCUCUCCAAGAUAGAUCAAGAUCUGGUCAGAUCUGACUUUGUCGAAUUAAAUCAGGAGCUUGGAAACGAAUUUUUGAAUGAAACCAACUGGGGGAUAAUUGGUUUAUACCAUGGUGAUAAACGAGAGAGGCAAUUGCUAAGUUGUGAUGCACUCAUACCUUUACUAGAUUCGAACAUUAUCGGGUUUGAAGGAGAGGAAGGAUUUGAAGAAUUUGAAGAAGUCCAGGGACAAAUAAGCCAACCAAGACUUGGAGGAGUUCGACUAAUGAAGAAGGAUUUUGGACGACGUCUAUGCGAGCUAGGAACGUCUUCCCAGUCAGUUGCCUGUAGGGUUAUGGCAGAUGACUUGGGUACUGCGCUGCUGAAGUGAUGAUGCUACUCUGAUGUUUAGUUAGACCCUUCGAGGCUAUUAUGUAAGUAUUGGUCAUGUGACCAUGUUGUAAUUUUCUUAUUCCGCUUUGUAACGGAUGGUGUAAUUUGAUAUCAGUUCGGUUAUGUGUUCACGACACACUGAUCAUGGGAUCGUGAACUGUAUACAUAACAGGGAAUUUCGGACAGCUAGUCCGGGGUCCCCA